AUGUUCGAGAAAACCGUUGCUGUUUCUGCAACUAAGAAGAAAGUCAGGACUCCUGAGUCUCAGAAGCAUCGUCAUGAAAUUUGCCACGGCAGUACGGAAAAUGUUUCCUGUGAGGAAUAUGAUCUUCGCGUCAAAGUCAAUACUACAAUGCACAAAGUGAAGAAGAAUUACAACAGUCAUAAUCUGAAACAUUACGGGCAGAGAGUCCGGUCAGUUUUCAGAAAAUAUUAGACGCCGUUGUUCAAGGAAUGAUUUGCAGGUAUUAUUACGACACUCAUCUAUUCCACGACGGGGAUACGCCAGCAUCACUGAAUAUGAAGAACAGUGACGUCAUUGAGCAGAAUGGAGGAGGAUUUAUGCACUGA